AUGCGAGCCGCACUGCUAGUAGCUAUAGCUGGCGCCGCAAGCGCAUAUCCGGCUUCAUCUGCACCCGGUAGCAACGGCACCUUUACCAAGACUGCUGUCCCUACGCCUUGCCCAUCUCCCGUGGAAAAGGCCAAUAGGUUUGGCUUUAUGGGAGAACAAACCGCAACGUUUGCUCACGAUGGGCCUCACGUCACCCUGUCGCCAAACAUCCAUUGGUCAUGCGAUACAAAGCCGGCGGCCAACGUCAUCCCCAUUCCUCCCAGCAAGGGCUCCAAGAUGUACUACGGGGUUGGAGAUCCGGCCAAGGCAGGAGAUUAUGCCUUUGUCACCUACCACUUCACUGCCCCGUCAGUAAACCUGGACCAUUGCGAUCAUGUAGCAGUCGUCAUAUACGACUCUUCAGAUCUGGUCAUCUCGUUUGGCAGCCAAGAUGGAUAUCAGAAUGCCGUGGAUACCUGGAAUACUGAUGACGGCCUGAUCUUGGUCGCCUUCGCCAAAGGUUGCGGUGAUUACAAGAAAGGCGACCGCUGUUUCUUCCGCGUAUCUUCACUCAAGUUUCACGAAGGAGAUUUCGUUGUAACAGCCUCCGGAACUCCUAGUCACCCUGACGAUAUUAUCACUGUCGGUGAAACCGAAUGGGGCCGUUGGACACCUCGAGGGCACCACCCGCAACCUUCCUCAGCCUCUGAACCAACAUUCACAUGGGGAUCCGCACCGGCCGCCACAUCUGGCAGUAGUCCAUUCGAUCCUAUUUCCGCUUCUUCUGUAGAAUAUGUUGCCCCUGGCACGACCGGAUCAACUUCACCUGUGCCUAUUUCAACUGCUUUGCCCGGAACUCCUGGCAGUCCACUCUCAAACAGCUCCUCUACGGGGAACUCCACCAGUUUGCAGGCAUCACGCAACUGCGACGCUCCGGUAGACACCAAGUACGGACUUCCAACGGCCUGUCUUGGUGAUUACUUCGACGAGGAUCUCGAUGAUGACCUAGGGUACACCCAUUUGAGCGCCGAGAGUAUCAGAUUCGUUCAGGAAAUCGCCCCUCAGUUCAUCCAGGAGUCUAUUCCAGAGGAUUUCAAGUACGACAUUGAUCCAGAGGACACCUUCUGGAAACAACGCCGGCAUCUCCGUGGGCGCUCAUUCUGGUCUUUCCUAGACGUCAUAGUGAAGCCCCUUGAGGCAAUUUACCACGCCACGCAACAAAUUCUCUCAAUCGGAGGUUCCAUCAACAAAGAUAUCUCCUGGCAGCUACCCGACUCCAAGUCUUCGAACCCCGAUGGAAAAACGCUCACCGAUCCCAAGACCAAGCAGGUCAAAUCCCCAUGGGGUGAUUCGAUCCUUCUGAAAGCGCUAGGUUCUCAGGAGGAGGACCCUGAGAAGACGGUUAACGGAUACAUGAACAUUUUCUGCGUCGGAUGCGGUGCGUCUGGCAACGCCAAAAUCGCUGGCCGAGCCCGCUGGACUCCUCUUGGCGGGUUUCUCGAGGGCGAAGUCGACAUCAGGACGGAUAUCAAGUUUGUUCUAAAGAUAGGGAUCGAUGCCCAGAUCACAUACAAGGAGGAGUUCUACAAUGACUUGAUCAACGUGGGUUUACCUGGGUUGUCCUACGGUGUUGUUACCAUCGGGCCACGCAUCAACGUCGGAUCACGCGUUGAGGUCGAAGCAGCGGCCAAGGGAAAACUGCUGGCGGGCGCUGAGAUGGGUCUGCAAGACGCCCAUGUGCUCAUAGACUUUGUUCACUCGGCUAACAGCAAGAAGAGUGGCUGGGAGCCCUACUUCAAGCCGGUCUUUGAAGCGGAAGGUGAGUUGAUGCUCUCCACGACACUUGGUCUGCCUAUAGGUAUCAAGUGUGGUCUCCAGAUCGCGUCCUGGGAUAAGUCCGUAGGCAUCAUUGAUGAGCCGUCCAUCAAGGGUGUUGCUCAAGUUGCAGCUUCGAUCGGGCUCUCUGAGACGGGCAGCUUCCAGGGCGGAUUCACCGAGACGGAUGGCUGUACAGGCAUCAGCACGCAAAUCAGCUGGCGUAACAGACUGUACAUCGAUAUCUUGGGUUUGAAGGAGAUAAAUUUGUUGGAUACCGACGAUCGUCCACUGACUCGUGAAUGCAUCCCACUACCCUCCAACUUCACAAAGCGGCAUAUUGGGCAUCGACAAACUUUCGAGCCCACGAACCCGAUUGUUGAUAUCACACACAAAUAUAAGGGAGGCUCCUCUACCCUUUCUUAUGAGCUUGAGUCCCUUCCGAAUUCGGGCUACAAUGAUACCGACGGAUACGAGUAUUCUCUUCUUGUAAACCCUAGCGGCUCUACCAUGAUCAUUUCUUGCAGCAACGGCAACUUGUACGCAGUCCUCACCGGCGGACCAGACAAUGAACUCUGCUCGGAGCUGUGGGCUCAUCAGAAUGACGCCCUCAUCUACGACGGAGCUCAGCGAUUGAUGCACUACUAUGGCACCACCAUGGCAAAGCUCGGCGUUUCUAGGCUGCGCGUCGAACCUGAACUGCAUGGCCCUACCGAUAGUGUUGUCGUCGCGUGGGCUCCUUACUACGGCGGACCUGGCCCUGAAGAGUACUACUUCGUUGCUGUUGACCCUCUUGGCGAAGUUUUCUAUCCUGCGGUCUGUGACUAUGUUGACGGGCAAUCGUCAAAGCUUUUCCUGGUUCGUGACCCAGUUGAAGGGAUCGAAACUCUCAAGAGCCCUGACCUCAUGUAUACUGUCACCGGUGGCCGGGUUGGUGACUGCUUUGCCUUAGUGUUGAUGCAGGGUGCCCAUGAGGCCAAGAGCUACCUCAACUUGAGUAAUGCUCCCAAUGGCCGGGGCUGA